GCGGUUACACGCUUUCGCUUGCCACCAUGGGUUGGACGCUGCCCCCGAUCCACCGCAGCGGAAAGAGCAAAGGUCGCGUGCCCGACGAAGAUGAUGACGACGUUGCUGUCAUGAAGCACUCGGAUCUGUUUGCUGAUUUGGCGCUCUCCCGCACGACAGGCGCUCUCUCGCGACAGAGCCAUACAGGGACGCGCGGUCGGCGCGGCGUGGCCACCGUUUUUGACGUGCUACGGCACCUCGUGCAGCCCAAAUGUGACCUGCGCUUUGCCACGUCAUUGUAUUCGUCCAGCGAGCGGCUUCUUCCAGCGCCAUCUUCGCGCAUGCGUCGACAGCGAAAGCGACCGCUGCGGGGUGUGGACUGGACGCUGCAGCAACGGCUCGUGUACACAUUUGACCGGUGGAUCAGCACACAGCACGGGCAAAUGACCUCGCUCGUCGUGUUUGGCUUGGCGCUCAACUUUAUCUGCGCGCCGUGGGUCAUGCUGUCGCACGAAUUGUCCUAUUCGGAAGCCGUCUGGGCGUCCUGGCUGUACCUGAGCGACCGCGCCAACCAGCAAUUUGCUGUCGACACGGUGCAGCGCAUCGUGGGUGUCUUGCUCACGCUCGGCGGGUUUAUCUUCCUCGACGUUGUCAUUGGUGUCAUUGUCGACGACAUUCGCGCCAAGUUGAACGGCCUCAAGACCGGUCGCUCCAAAGUGCUCGAAGUUCACCACACCCUCGUACUUGGGUGGAGCGACCGAGCCAUCAACUUUGUCAAGGAGCUUUGUCGGGUGAAACGCGGCGGCGUCAUUGUCUUCCUUGUCGACGGCCCAAUCGAGCCCAUCGAGUACGCGCUCCACACGCACAUUGCACUGUCCGACCUCGAUGGCACCACAGUCGUGUUUCGCUCUGGCAACGCCCUCGUGCCAGCCGAGCUCCUCCGCGUCGCGGUUCUCAAUGCGCGGUCCGUCACCAUUCUUGCAUCCCACGACGAAGUCGACAAGUCGGACGCAAUGGUUUUGCGCACCUUGCUCUGUCUUCGGUCGCUUCCGAGCUGGGACGGUCCUAUUGUGGCCGACGUUGGUGACAUUGACAACAGCCCGCUCCUCCAGCUUGUGGGCGGCCCCAAGUUUCACUCGGUCAUCUCCCAAGACCUCGUCGGUCGCCUCUUGGUCAUGUGUGGCCGGUCGCCCGGCCUCGCCAAAGUCUACGAAACCCUUCUCGGGUACCGCGGCACGUCGCUGUUUUGCGAGCCCGCGCCGGCGGCCGCGUGUGGCGUGGCGUUCGGACACCUUCAGAAACACCUGUGCGACGGCAUCGUGAUUGGUCUGCAAGAGGCGUCGGGCGCUGUGCUACUGAACCCACCCCUGCUCCGCCCGGUAUCGCCAGGCGAAAGCUUGAUUGUGCUGGCCCACACCAGGAGAGGUUUCAAGGUCGAGGUGAGCCCGGUCGUCGUACCCGAGCUUCGACCCCACACGCGGGACCGACGCACUUCGACCGUUGUCGUCAAGCAAACCAUUCUCAUUUGCGGGUGGCGCCGGGACCUUCGCGAUAUGCUUGUGAAACUGGACGAACUUUGUCCAUUUGGCUCGGAGGUGCACCUUUUUAACGAAGUCGACACCAGGACGAGAACAGAGACGCUCUUGGAAGCCGGCUUGGACACGGCGCGUUUGCACAACAUUUCGCUUGUUCACUGGACGGGGAAUCCCGCGAUUCGCCGGCACCUCCGAAGCAUUGUCUUGGCGCAGUACGACUACUUUAUGGUGGUCACGGACAUGGCCCGCGAAGACGAUGUCUUGGCCUGCGACUCGCACGUGCUCGCGACCGUCCUCCUCUUGCGCACGGAAGAGGCUUUGCAAGCUGCGCGCCACGGUGGCGUCGGCAGCAAGAAGCCGUGCAUCGCCGAAAUCCUCGACCCGCGUACGCACAAGACCAUCAGCCACAACAGCAACAUUCGCGAGAGCGCCGACUUUGUUCACUCGACAGCACUGGUCACGUGCGUGCUCGCCAUGAUUGCGCACAACGCGUCGCUGGAGCCGAUUCUGAACGAGCUUCUCGGUGGCCACGGUCCGUCGUUUGAUAUUGUGCCAGCCUCCCGGUACUGCGGCCCGCGCGAAUUUUUGUCUUUUUUCGAGCUUGCUCAACGCGCGCAGCAGCUCCAAGAGGUCGUGUGUGGCUACCAGAGCUUGGACGCAAACCAGACCAUUCUGAAUCCGGUCGAGAAGCAGAUCCCCAAGGCAUGGGAGCGCUCGCGCAUCAUUGUCCUCCGAGACACACAGUGGUCGCAUUUUCGAAAGCACGUCGGAACGCUGGUUGUAGCCUGCGAUGCGUUUUACCAAGCGCUGCGUCGGCGGCACUGCCGGCUCCUGCUCGAGAGUGAGAGUACCAAGUCGAUGUCUGGACCGUUGCGCCGGCAGCCGUCAAGCUUGCGGCCACUCGCCGAAGACGUUGUCAGCGGCACCGACGACUUUUCUCCUACUGACAACAGCAUUGACGCGAUCGUGUCCAGUCGCAUCGGCAGCUGUCGAAGCGUCUCGCACCGGAACAGCGCAACGUCCGAGUAUGACGACGACGACGCUGACACGAGCGCUAUGGGGCGCCCGGCCUUCAACUUUUGCGCGUACCGGCAAGCGAUUGCCGCGCGGGAAGUGCGCGAGCUCAAAGAAUUCAACGCUAAUCGGCUAAGUAGUCGAAAAGCGAGCAAACUCUCGGUGCUCGAACUCGUGGCGACUGACACGGUGCUCCAAGAGUGCCACCGCGACCGCCGGAGCACGAUCGCCGGGUCGACGACGAUGCUGCUGCCGCCCGUGCACGGCCACCGCGGCAGCGUCGACAUGGAUCUGACCUUGCACAACCCGCUCACGGUGCUGAAAGCCCAGCGGGAAAUGCGCCGCACGAGUCUCCACCACGUCUCGGCCGUCCCCAACCUCUUGGAUUUGGUCAACUCGGACGCAUCAUUUCGAAUGGUAGACAAGAGCCCUGGUCCAACCUCACCGGCGCUGCGUAUACACGACACACAGCUGCCGACAAGAACGCUGCUUGUCGACGGUACAAAAGAGCAACAUGACCACCGCCAUCCCCUCGGAGCUCUGGACGAGGCAACGCAGCGACGCAUGGGCUCCCAUCGCGAUCCAUUGCCACACUUGAGCUCCCACCAUUCGCUGCUGCGAACUCUGCCGCUCGAUAUUGAACUCGUACUAGCCCAGUUGCAGUCGCUACUGGAGAAACGAAAGGAGUCAGCGACGACGAGUUGUCCCGAGGCGUCAUGUGGGGAUCUGCCAGCAAAAGUUCGUGCAGUGCCGCCCCCACCCCCACCCGAAACCAACCAACCGCCGGUGAGCGAGGUAUUGAAGGACGGUAAUUCCGUCCUCUAACACAAUAUAAUGCGUGGUCCUUCGUCCCUAGACCCAAUUGCACA